AUGGAAAGAGCUUUGCAUGAGCAGUUCUAUCGAGCUGAACCAGAAGUCACAAUUGCUGAUUUGGCAAAGAUGUCUCAGGAAGCACACGAAUCAGCCCAAGAUUUUCUAGAUAGAUUUAAGGCCGCAAGAAACAAGUGCAGAGUUAAUUUGGGGGAGCAAGAUUUUGUCUGGAUAGCUCAACAAGGUCUAAAUUACGAGUUGCGCAAGAAAUAUGAAGGAGUUGAUAUUAGAGGAAUUUUUGAAUUAACCACUAGCGUGGCUAGAUAUGAGGCAAUCAUCAGAGAAAAGACUCAAGCCAGAUCAGCCUCGAAGGGAACUUAUUAUAAGAACCCUACUGUUCAUGCUAUGGAGGCCAAUUUCGAAGGUUUGCAGGUCAAGGAAGAAGAUUCGACCGACAUCAAUGCUGCCGAACUAUUUGUAAACAAGCCAUUGGUUUGUAAAGCCCUUGCAAAGCCAACAAACCCAAUCAAUGACAAACCUCAGCCAAUAACCUACCAUACCAAAGAUGGCACACCUUUAAGAUUGACACCAACUCGCACUUACUCUUUUUAUAUCCCAAAGGCUGAUAUAAUUUUUGAUCAACUUGCUGAGAAAGUAAUUAAAUUGCCGAACGGCCAUGUUAUACCUAAGGCCGAUGAAAUUAGAAAUAAGUCUUAUUGUAAAUUUCACAAUUCAUGGAAGCAUUCUACUAACAAUUGUGUGGUUUACCAUGAUCCUUUGCAGGAUCUCAUCGAAAGAGGAAAGCUGAAAUUCCCUGAGUCGAGCAAACCGGCUUAG